AGAGAAGGAGCUUUCAAAACUUUAAAGACAAUUUAAAUACCAUUAACCUUGACUCAAAUUCUAAAUACAAACCUGAUGUUAGAAGUAGCAGUUACUCUCAUCUCAGUAAUACCAAUAGUGCAAAACUAGAAAGUAGCUAUAGUUUUAGUAAUAUCGAAUUUGACAAUUGGGAUACAGUUCUAAAAAUAGAAAUGCAUUAG